AGUGUAGCGAAGUAGCGGAGGUGCAUGUGGCUGCUCCCGGGCUGGAUUCUUUCGCAGUUUUUAAGCCAGAAGUGAACUCAGAGAUUUGAAACUAUGAGGGCUGAUUUUGACAGUUGCGCCGUCUUUGACUGCGUUUUAGACGGAAGUGCGACUUUAGGCUGCGUGCGGAUUUCAUGUCAUCGCUCGUGCUUUAGGAAGGCUCGACUUGCUGCUGUUAGACUGAAAACAAACUACAGCUGUCCGACGUUAACCUUUUAGCCACGGCAGCGUUUUAGUUAAAGCUUUUUAUUUUACUCGUGUAGUUGUAUUUGAUACACCUUUCGGCCAAGUUAGUGGCUCCCAGACCUAUCAGACGUGCGAAAGUGGCGCAACAGGAUCGGUCGGUCUGGUUAAGUCAUCUUAUUUUCUCUCUGCGCACAUUUCUUUUGUCGACAACCAACAUUUCCCCUUGAGCGAAAGUCUCCAGCGCGGAGCCGACGACUUCCCACCAUGAGUUUUGAGCCGAGCAAACACUCGAGAAACUGCACGACAGUCCCCAGACACGACAAGUUAACGCUCUAUCUGAACUUGAGCGGACUUGCGCUGGCCUGCUCGGUGGCUCGCAGCCCAAGUUACGCAGCAACAACUAACCACUCCUUGAAAUCACAUCCUGCGAAACCCGCGCCGUCUCGGUUUAGGCUAAUAUUUCGCGGUUUAGAAAUAACUUGAGGAGGUCGGUUUAGAAGGAGGGGCAGCACACGUUAAUGGGUUAAAUGAGAUGAGUUCUACUUAUGUCGGGGAACAGGAAACCUCCCCGUGCGCUGGCAGCCUAAUCUUAGCAGCCAGGACGGAAUGUGCUCAACGUCAAACACGUUUGCAGCGCGCAGGCUGCGGGCGGCCGGCGCUUAUCCGCCGCUGACGCGCCUGGAGGUGCGAGAGACGAGGCUCAAACACAGGCAUACUCACGUUGUGACUUCAGGGGCCAGCAGCGCACCAGUCUCCCUGCAUGUGCGCUUAUUGUCUGUGCUAAAGAUUUGCGGUCGUCACAAAACUCUCACUCUAAGUCGCGCAGAUGUUGAGCCACUGAAAAAAAAAAAAAAUCAUUGUUUUCGACAGUGACGUGUCAGAAUAUCGAUCAUGUCCUGUGUGGUGACGCCGCUCUGACGGCCCAGUGAGAAGUAAUUCGCGGGUCGGAGAGGUGCAGUGAACCCACCUUUUGCUUUUCUCUCUGCAAUGACGCCGCCUCUUGAUGAAACGCAGGCAGGACACUUGUGAGGCUCAAAGCUUGUUUUCACCAUGAGCCCUGAGGGCAGGUGGCCUGUGUUGGCUCACAGUAUGAGAAAGAGCCGGAGGAUUUCCUCUGUGUAACAGAAUGUAGCGCAACUGAGCUGCAACAUAAAAUGUAUGUCUAAUGCUUGUCUAGUGCAUAUGUUAUUAUGUAAUUAAAUAAUGUAACUCAUAGUUGGCUAAUCUCUCUGAUGAUCUGAUUUGAUUCCUCACGUUGUUUUUCUACUCAGCCUACGGUAUGUGUACCUCUCUUGAGUGUCUUUUAUGAAGCAGUGGAUCACUUUAAGGGUCGCGAAUAAUCAGCAAACUCACAAUCUCUGCCCUUUCUCAGAUUUUGACAGCAUGGCCACGGCUGCAGAUGGCUGCAUUCAGUUCACACGCCAUGCAGGCGACGUCCUGCUCAACUUCAACCGCCUCCGCAGCAGGAACAUCCUGACUGAUGUCACCAUACAGGUGGACGGGCAGCAUUUUCAUGCUCACAAGGCCAUCCUGGUGGCCUGCAGUGGCUUCUUUUAUUCUGUGUUCAUGGACCCUGAGAAUGCAAACCUUAGUGCCAUCAGCUUAGACCCCAAAGUGGACCCCAAGGGUUUCUCCAUCCUGCUGGACUUUAUGUACACGUCCUGUUUGAACCUUAAGGAAAGUCUGGUCCUGGCCACCAUGAACACAGCCAUCUACCUCCAGAUGGAACAUGUGGUUGACACCUGCCACAGGUUCAUCAAGUCCAGGCAUCUGUCUAUGAAUAUUGAAGAGGUACACAUCAACUCAUUGCAUCUGGCCGAGGAGAUCCCUGCUUUGAAGCUUGUCGAUGAAAAGGGGCUGAACUUUCAGAACAACCACACAUCAACCUCAUCCCCUCUCCAGGAGUGCAGGGGCUACAUCCCCAAUGUUUUCAGGGGGAUCAACACUUCUGGCUCCUAUCAUGUCUAUGGUGACCUCCAUGUCCCUGCGGGGAAGCUGGAGGGGUCCCACAAGGCGUGCGACCUUCCCAGAGGAGGGGCCUUGUCCCAGAAACGAUGCUUGCAGGUACCCAGCACAAACAUGGCUCACAAUGAGUCCACUACCAUUAUCUCCCACCCUGUGCCAUGCCACCCCAGCUUCCCCACCACUAUCAUACGACCGGCAGGAGCCCACAGGAGCCUUCAAAGGCCUGAUACACCCAUAGAGGAAGACAGUAUUCAACAUCCACAGACCAGCUGCCCAAGAUUGUCUCCAGGUUUUGUCAAAGGUGUGAUUUGUAGCCCUCAAAGCCCCCUCAGAUCUGACUGCCAUCCCAACUCGCCCACAGAGUCCAACAGCAGCAGAAACGCCACACUGAGCCUCAAACAGCCCUCAGACUGUCCCAAAGACACCAAGGCCCGAAACUGGAAGAAGUACAAGUUGAUCAUUAUGAACCAAGCUCCUGAUGAGGAGAACAAGGAGGCUCAGGGAGGCAGCGCUGAGACUACGGCCAUGUCCCCCGCACUGAGCCCCUGCAGGAGCGGUGCAGCAGGGGGACACAGUGAGGUCCAGGAGGAGGGAGCCAGUGACCACAGAGAAGAAAUCCUCAUGUCUCAGAGUGUGGACAGCUGCAGCAGCAGCACCUGCAGCGGCAGCAGCCACCGCAGCUGCUCCUCCUGUGGCUGCGACAGCCCUCGGUGCAUGGAAAUGGGUCACCUUUCUCCUGACUCAUACAGCAGAGAUGACCCCACCAAACUACACUCAGAGUACUCCUCCUCCAGCUGUGAAAACAACACCUAUUUCUGCAACGGGUGUGACUCAAAGUUCAUAGAGGAAGAUUCCCUGAAAGACCACAUGGUCCAGGUCCACAGUGACAAGCCAUACAAGUGUGACUGCUGCCAGGCUGCCUUCCGCUACAAGGGCAACCUGGCCAGCCACAAGACCGUUCACACAGGUGCGAAGCCCUACCACUGCAACAUCUGCGGUGCUCAGUUCAACAGACCAGCCAACCUCAAGACGCACACCCGCAUACACUCUGGGGAAAAGCCAUACAAGUGCGAGACAUGCGGCUCCAGAUUUGUCCAGGUGGCCCAUCUUCGCGCCCAUGUGCUAAUUCACACGGGAGAGAAGCCGUACCCUUGUGAGAUCUGUGGAACGCACUUCCGCCACCUUCAGACGCUCAAGAGCCACAUGCGUAUUCAUACCGGAGAGAAGCCUUAUCAUUGUGAAAAAUGUGACCUGCACUUCAGACACAAGAGUCAGCUGAGGCUCCACCUCCGGCAGAAGCACGGCGCGGUCACUAACACCAAGGCUCAGUAUCGCAGGACACCCAGCAAUGUCGUCACAGGCCUGGCGAGCUCCUGCUGAGCCUGCUGCAGCCCUGCUGAGCGGCAUUUUUUAAUUUUCCCUUUGCAUCGGCUGCCAUGUUGUCAAAAGAUUUUUAUUUUUUCAAACAGAUACAUAAAUAUUAUAUAUAUAUGCCCAUUAUGCAUUUGUACGUGAUGCACAGUACUUUACGUCAGCUCUUUGAUAUUUCAAAGAUUGUAGAAGUUUAUGCUUUCGUUGUGAAUGUCUAACAACAGAAUGUACAUUUUGAAUGUGAAUAUUUGAGCAAGUGUUUCUCUGUUUUGCAAAUUACUGAACUGAAUGUCAGCAUUGAAGGACAGUCCUCUUUCUUGUUCAGAUUGAGAAUCACUGUUACGGUUUUGCUAUAGAUACUGGUAUGUCCAGUAACGCGGUCACAGUUUAUGCAGUUAUUUUUCAUUUGGUUGUAUUUGUAAAUAAGAUAAUAUAUAUUUUCAGAUUGCCGUCUGCUGGCAGAGUACGAAUAUAUUUACGUAAAGUUUGUUUUCCUUACGUGCAGUGAGCUUAACUGACUGUCAAUAACACAAGGGCUUGUUAUUUUGCCAUUUCAUAGUUUAUGGUACGUAUUGUAAUAUGUACAGAUUGUAAUUCCUUUAAAAUUUGUUAUGUACAUAUUGGUUGUUUUUUUUAUCGUAUCUAGGCUCCUAUUGAUAUUUUGCACAUACCCAUUAUGCUGUAAUUCAUAUAUUUUCAUACUUUUCAUUCAAAUAUUUCUACUUCAUGUUGUUGACAUGUUGAAAUUGUUCAUUAGACCCCGUGCCCUGCACUUGCUCUAUUCUUAUUUAUAGUCUAACGUUUCUUUGCUGUAUUGUAUUACAUUUUGGUGCUGCAAUGAUCCAUUUUUCCCAGCGGGAUCAUUUAAAUUUGAACAGAUUGUAUCUAACCUUACGUAUUAUAGUGCACUCAUAUGAACCAGUAUAUUCAUAGUGCCUUACAGUCACACAUUACUAUUGGCUACCUUCCCAGACUAUUCAUACCUUAGAAGUUUGAGAAUAUGAAAACCGUGGUAGUUAGAAACUGCUUUUGUGAUGCGUUUCACAUAUGGUACGUUGCCCUAUUGUCAUGUGUAUGCAUGUCAGGUACUUUUGUUUUGGAAGCUGAUAAUCUGAUGUGUGUAGUGCUUAAAAUACAGAUACACCAGGCCUCAAGCUAAAAAAUGCUCAGGAAUAUUAAUAUGUACGCAAAUGUAAUUGUAACAGCACACACACAUGUGUGUGUAUGUGGGUGGGUGUGUGUGUGUCUGAAAUAUACUGUAUAUAUGACAUGAAAAUAAAAUGUACAUUA